AUGCCCCUCAACGAGGAACCGCUGGAGGAGAAUGUCGACCAACUUCAGCAGUGGCGUGAUCGCUGCGCCGAACAGUUCCCCGAUUUGAAGGCGAGGCUCGACGAGUGCAACGCUCGGGUCAACUCUCGCAAACAUACGGAGGAAACCUGCAUCGAGGAACUCUGGGACUUCGUCGAACAGAUCGAUAAAUGCGCCGUUCGCAGAGCCUUUGCUUCGCUCAAGUGA